AGCGAGACAGAGAUAGAGCCAGAGCCAGAGCCGGAGCGAGGACAGAGAGCAGGCGCGCUCUUGUUGGAUAAAAUUACCGUUGGCCGUUUGCUGUUUGUCGCUUUGCCGUUUACCGUGCUUAGCGUCGCCAUAUUUGACUCUGGCACGCGGGGCACAGGACUCGUCGUCGUCGUCGUCGUCGUUGCCAUACAUCCUGCCGUCUCCUACGACACUCUCUGGCUGUCUGUUGUUGCUGUUGCUUUUUGUUUUCGCCUUAAUUUACUUUGAAUUCAUAAAUCAAAUAUUUGCAUUACGAAAUUGACGUCUUGAACGCGCGGUCGCAAAAGUAUAUUCUCGUCCCGGCUGCAGCACCAGCACCAAAGCUCCUUCAAGGACUCGCUCCGUGAAUGAGAGCGGGGUAGUGUGAGGAGCGUCUCAGUGUGUGCGCGGCACAGUGUGUUCGAGUGUGGGAGAUAAUCCCUAAAACAAACAAGAAUCUGACCUGCAGCCGAUUAGUGGCAGCAGCGGCAAAAUCAUCGGCAACUUUGCCCCCAAAACAGACUCUUUGAAGUGCUCAAGAAAUUUCAGAUUCCAUUUAAAUAUUAACACAAGCUCACAAGACAUCAAAAAAGGGAUAUUAAUUGCUACGUGCAAACAUUUCGAGGAGCAUCAGCAUAUUUCUGCCAAAUAAAACGAACAUCUUCCCUCACGGUGAUUGGCAAAAUUCAUCCUUGUUUUGAGAGUCCGCGUGGCAUGCAACCGUGUAGUCCAGCGGGUGUUAUUGCAAUGAUGCCGCCAUCGAAGAGUCCCGUCAUGGAGAGCGCCGCCUCGGAUCAGUCCAACGCCGGCGGCAUGAAUCAACACCAAAACACCACCACCAAUACUGGCAGCAGCAGCGAUGCCAAGCGAUCCUGUCCGCUGAAGUUCUCCAUUGCCAAGAUUAUGGAGCCGGACCACAAGCCGCAUCAAUCGGUGUCUGUGCCACCGGUGCAGCGUCCAGCAUCCGCCAGCAUCCUGGUCGAUGAGGAGGAAGAGGAUGCCGACAUUGAUGCCGAUUCGGAGCGCUCCUGCAGCCCCAUUGAGGUGAUCAGCCUGGAGCAGACACCCCACUCGGCGGCUGCCGUCAACUAUGACUCCGCCUUCAAGAAGUACGUGCCCGGCUCGGCCGGUGCCAUCUCCUCCUCCGUGUCGCCCUCCGCCUCGGCCGUGCAGCAGUUCGUCAGCUCCCGCCACCAGGAGCUGCUCUCCCAGUAUCCCCUGCUCUACUAUGCCCCCAAUCAGCUGAUGUGUGCCGCUGCAGCGGCACAAUACGCCGCACUCACCGCUCAGCAGCAGACUCUAGCCAGUGCCGCCCACCUGAGUAGCUUCACCGCCUCCCUGAACGCGAGUCUCCAUCACUCGCAGUCGCUGCGCCGCAAUCUGGGGCAUCCCCUGGCCGCUGCGGCAGCUGUGGCUGCUGCUGCCCAAUCCCAGCAGGUGCCCACGAUGCAGCAGACGCUGGAGAAGUCACCGGUGGGUCAGAGAACUGCUCAUGCCAGCGGCUUGGGUGCCCCCUCGCUGAAGAGGAAGCGCUCGCAGCCCGAGCAGGGCGUGACCACGCCACCACCAGCAGCAGCAGCAGCAGGAGCCACCACACCCACUGCAGGAGCCGCCUCCUCCAGUGCAGGUCCACGCUCCAGGUCCGCCUCCCCACACGGCUCACUCGAUGACAGCAGCCCGGGAUCGGCGAACGGAGGCAAACCCAAGACCUUCUCGUGCUUGGAGUGCGGAAAGGUCUUCAACGCGCACUACAAUCUCACGCGCCACAUGCCCGUCCACACGGGGGCACGCCCCUUUGUGUGCAAAGUCUGCGGCAAGGGUUUUCGGCAGGCAUCCACCCUGUGCCGCCACAAGAUCAUCCACACGUCGGAGAAGCCGCACAAGUGCCAGACCUGCGGCAAGGCCUUCAAUCGCUCCUCCACACUGAACACCCACGCGAGGAUCCACGCGGGCUACAAGCCCUUUGUGUGCGAGUACUGCGGCAAGGGGUUCCACCAGAAGGGCAACUACAAGAACCACAAGCUCACCCACAGCGGGGAGAAGGCGUACAAGUGCAGCAUCUGCAACAAGGCCUUCCACCAGAUCUACAACCUCACCUUCCACAUGCACACGCACAACGACAAGAAGCCCUACACGUGCCGCGUCUGCGCCAAGGGCUUCUGCCGCAACUUUGACCUGAAGAAGCACAUGCGGAAGCUGCACGAGAUCGGUGGGGAUCUGCUGGACGAUGAUCUGCCGCCGGCCUACGAGCGGCGCAGGGAGUACACCCGCCGCGAGCCACUCUCCAGCUACAGUCAGGCCAGUCAGCUGACGCCGGACUCCUCCGAGGGCAGCAUGUCGCCGCCCAUCAAUGUGACGACUCCGCCACUGUCCAGCGGAGAGACGAGCAAUCCCGCCUGGCCACGCUCCCAGUACCAGUCGCCGGCGGGCUUCCAUCCGCUGGCAGUGCCGCCAUCCAGUCUGCAUGGAGACUAUCCCGGGGGAUCGGCCUUUCUGCAGCUCGCACAUCCCGCAUCCCAGCAGCAGCAGCAGCACCAACAGCCGCCGCAUCCACAACACCAGCAGCAGCAAAGGCUCUCCGCAGCCGCACUGGAGAAUGUGCCCUUCAUAGCGAAAGUAUUUUGACAGCGAUACUAUGCGGACAGUCUGAAUUCGGCUACGGCCACGGCAUCGAUCUCCACGACCAGCUCCACGGCGACGGUAACAACUACGGCCACAUCCA